AUGUCUAUGCCUAAUCUAGCCUUUGCCCAUAGUACUAGGGAUGUUGUAUAUAACGGCAAGCUAUAUCCCGAGCCCGUCAACAGCGUUAGAGAUGUGUUGCUACAAGCUCCACAGACGAGAGAGAGACGGAGCCUAGACUUCUCCAACACGCUAUCGGACUUCGCCGAAGCACUAAAGCGUCUAUACGAACUCCAGCAACUCACCUCGUACUGGAAGGACAUACACGAUCGUCUCUAUAACGAUUAUAGGAAAGCCAUGGUUAAUAAUUCCCAGAUGAGUAUGGAGAUUAGGAAGCGGGAUGAUAUGAUCGUCCAAUUGCAGGCAGAAAUCCGGGAGCUACAGGCGGCGGCGGCGCCAACCCCCAUCACGGUAGCCCAGCAAGGGGAAGGGGAAUUUGCCAGUCCCCCCUCCGCAUUUCUAUCGCAUUGGAUCAGCUCUCGCAGCGAGCCAGUCGACCAACAAGAAGAAACAGACUUGGAUGACUUAAGCUUAGCUACGAUGUAG